AUGAAGUUCAUCGUCGUCUCGCUUUCCUUUAGUAAACGAAAGCUACCACUAGGGUGGCUGACGCGUACGUGGGAGAGUUCUGCAGUGUACUUGGACAGCCUCGCUUGGCUGUUAGUAUACAAUACAGUGCCAGGCUGCAUGGGCAGGAGGCUGCUCGUCUUGAUCAACAGGGCUUUGGGCUGGUGGCACAGAUGGAGUAAGACACGGAGGGCAGACUUUUCUUUUAUGUAUCAUUAACAAUAAGACAGACAACAAAGAAAGAAAAACAAAACAUUUAUUUGUGUUGAAAAGAGCCUCAGCGCCGCACAUUUAGAAAACAAUUUACGCAGCCUUAUUGGAAGAUUGGAUUUUUCAUGACUUAAGUUUAAAAUAUCGAAAUGAAAUUCCCAAUAGAGGCACCGAGGAAACAAGUGAACUGGGAUCCACAAGUGGCAGUUCAAUCUACUAUGUCAGCGUGUGAUGCAAAAUCUAAUGGCCACUGUCCUCUCCCUCGUCUUUCCAUUUCCUCUCGGGCAACAGUAGUUGCAACAAUGGAUAGCGGUUCACCAAUGCUACAGACAGUGAUGAAGUGGAAGACUGUUCUGGCAAUUUUUGUAGUGGUGGUGGUGUACCUUGUAAUUGGUGGACUUGUUUUCCGUGCUCUGGAGCAGCCCUUUGAGAGCAGUCAGAAGAAUACAAUUGCACUGGAGAAGUCAGAAUUCCUCAAAGAGCAUCACUGUGUGACGCCACAGAAACUUGAGACGCUAAUACAGCACGCCAUUGAUGCUGUCAGUGCAGGGGUGAGCCCCAUAGGGGAAACAUCCAACAACAUGAGCCACUGGGACCUGGGGAGUGCCUUCUUCUUUGCAGGGACGGUCAUCACCACCAUAGGAUAUGGAAACAUUGCACCAAGCACAGAAGGUGGGAAGAUCUUCUGCAUUCUCUACGCCUUGUUUGGUAUUCCACUGUUUGGUUUUCUACUCGCAGGUAUAGGGGACCAACUUGGGACAAUAUUUGUAAAGAGCAUCGCAAGAGUGGAAAAAGUUUUUAGGAACAAACAGAUAAGUCAGACAAAAAUCCGAGUGACUUCCACAAUACUGUUCAUUUUGGCUGGAUGCAUAGUAUUUGUCACAAUACCUGCUGUGAUCUUCAAAUACAUUGAAGGAUGGACUGCACUGGAAGCAAUCUACUUUGUAGUGAUCACUCUCACAACUGUUGGAUUUGGGGAUUAUGUAGCAGGUGGAAACACAAAGAUUCAUUAUCGAGAAUGGUACAAACCUUUGGUGUGGUUUUGGAUCUUAGUGGGUUUGGCCUACUUUGCUGCUGUACUUAGCAUGAUUGGAGACUGGCUGAGAGUCAUAUCUAAGAAAACAAAAGAGGAGGUCGGAGAAAUAAAAGCUCAUGCUGCUGAAUGGAAAGCAAACGUCAGAGCAGAGUUCAGGGAAACUAGAAGACGGCUGAGUGUUGAGAUCCACGACAAACUUCAGAGAGCUGCCACAAUCCGUAGCAUGGAGCGCCGGCGGCUGGGCUUGGAGCAAAGAGCCCACUCCUUGGACAUGCUGUCUCCUGAGAAGAGAGCUGUCUUUGCUAGCCUGGAUACAAAUCGCUUUCAAACGUCAUCACAGGAGAGCAUCGAUUCCAAGCUGAAUAACUUGCGUCUCAAGGCAUCUGAACAGUAUGACAAACAUGAACAGGGCUCUUCAGAGGAUAACAUUUUUAACCGAUUUGGAUCUGUCACCAGGCUGGCAAAAAGAAACAAAAACAAAGACAUCAAAAAGAACAUCCCAGAUGAUAUCAGAAAAAUAUAUGAAACUUUUGGUGGCUACUCAAUGAAUGAAGAGAAAAGGGAAGAAUCAGAAAAAGAGUGCAACACAAGCAUUCCUGACCUGACCGAAUAUGGACACCAUUAUGAAAUGGAAAAUGGGUGUAUACCAAAUGAUAACAAAGAACCAACUAACAAAGUGUUACUUGAGGAUAAAAAUCAACAGACAAGUCCUUAAAAGUGGACAAAUCUCCUUAGGUUGUUUUAAAAUAUCUUAAAAUGUGCCUUAUUAGUCAGUGGUAUGUGCAUCAUAUCAGCUAACUGCUCACUGUGCCCUACAGACUGUGGUUUCAUUUGCCAAAAAUGAAGAGGGGAGGGUGGGUGGAGCUGGAAACAAAUGUCCUUUAUCCAUCAAGAAAGAUACCAAUGAGCUGCCACAAAACUGGCUUUAAAAGAAGAAAUAAUGUUUAUUUCUGGAGGGAGUAAGUCCAAAAAGCAUUUUCUGUCAUAGAGGCAUGCUGAGAAGAAGGAACAAGGGUCCACUAAAUAAACACCAAUAAAUCAUUCUCAUUUGCUGACUUUCUUAGCCGCUGGAUAUGUGACCUCAUCAAGUGUUCAACAGUUGCACAGCGAAGUUUUGAACAAAUUAAGAUUCUAGCAAACCGGGUUGCCUAGAGUUGAUGAAAAAUCUAUGGUUGUUUAAAAAGCAUUUUUUUCCACAUAUUCAUAUAUUCCAUAUAUAGGAAAAUUACGUAACGAAGGAAAAAAAUAAACUCAUUAUGGAAUUUAAAAAUUGAAAUCAAAGCAUAUUUUUAAACGUUUUUUUUUUUUAUUCUGAAAGUGUGUAGCAAGGAGCAAUUCCAAUGACGUGCAAGAACAGAAAAGCCAGUAAAAUUUUGCAUGACUUCAAAGCCGCAGCAUAAUCUCAUUAAAUCAUGUGAAUUAUUCAAAUUGUUAAUCGUGGCAAUUCAA